AUGGGUUCUCGAAUAUUACAACGAUUGCUUCUUCCAAUUAUUAGUCGUUCUCUAAAAAGUUAUCCUAACCUCACCAUUCGAAACGAAAGAAUUAUUCAUGCUCCUUUAAGUUUUACACUUGUAAGAAAUUAUGCCAAAAGCAAAGACAAAGGCAAAGAAAAGAAGGGCAAAGGAGCAAAGGUUGAAAUAAAUCUAGCCAUGAUGUCUGAAAUAGUUGCAGUGGAUAAGAUUCAAGACAGAUGUAAAGCAGCAAUUGAGAAAAUGAAAGAAGAUUUUGCAAAAAAUUUGUCGCUUCGAUCCACAACAGGUUCUAUUGAAUCGCUUCCAGUAAAGUUUGAUGGAAAAGAGUAUGAACUUCAGGAGCUUGCUCAAAUAGUUCGUAAGAAUCCCAAGACUUUAGUAAUCAAUUUCUCAUCUUUCCCACAAGUUAUACCAGACGCGCUGAAGGCUAUACAUAAUUCCGGUUUGAAUCUUAACCCACAGCAGGAUGGCACUACAUUGUUUGUACCUGUGCCAAAAGUAACUAAAGAACAUAGGGAAGCUUUAGCAAAAAAUGCAAAAUCUUUGUAUAUUAAAUGUAGAGACUCAGUUAAGGAUGUGCAAAAUGAUUUUAUUAAAAAGGUGAAGAAGCAAACUGGAAUAUCGGAGGACACGAUUUUUGAUGUUAUCAAACAAAUAACGGCAAUGUGUGAGGAGUAUCAGAAUGAAGCUAAAAGCAUUUAUGAAGCUAAACAUACUGAGCUUGUUGGCAAAUAG